CAACCGGACUUGUGUGAUUAGUUAUAUGCGCAAGCGUCACCCAGCGAGCGCGCGAUACCCGGAAAUUUUAAAGACUCCCUCCUGCGCAGGUCGCUCCAGUUUGCCUACAAAUAGGUCAGCGGAUGAUAACCACAGGAAUCUUGAAUCACAUUUGACGUAUAUAACAUCCGGUCUCCGCCGCGUUGUGAGCCAGGCGCGUGAGCGGCAGCCAAAUGGCAAAGGAGGAGGUCCAAGACAAGUAUGGCGUGGUGUACUUCAUUUUCGUCCUGCUCGGCACUGGCACGUUGUUGCCAUGGAACGUAUUCCUCACCGAGAAGGAAUUCUAUGAUGUGCGCCUGCAUGUGCCUCCGUUCAACGGCUACAUCACUGAAAACUUCAUGAGCGUCUUUUGCCUGGUCUUCAACACUGCCAACCUGGUGGCUCUGGGCUUCCUGGUUAAGUUCCAGAAGCACCUGUCGCUGCGUGUGCUGGUGCUGCAGCCGCUGGUCAUCACAUUCAUCAUGCUGCUGUCCACCGCGGCGCUGGCUCUGCGCACGGAGAUACCUGGCGACCUCAUGGCCAAGUUCACACUGCCCUCACUGGGGCUCAUGGGCCUGUGCAUGGCGUUCCUGCAGGGCGGCACCAUGCAGCUGGCCAGCAUAUUCAGCAUCUCACACAUCCGGGGUGUGGUGUCGGGCAUCGCGGUGGGCGGGCUGGUGACCUCCUCGCUGUCCUUCGUCAGCCAGCUGAGGGCGCAGGGCGCGGCGGCGGCGGGCGGCGGCGACGAGCCCCAGACCGCCGCUGACGUGGCGCCCGCCGCCUUCUCCUACUUCUCCGCCUCCGCCGCCGUCAUCGGCGCCUGCAUCGCCGGCUACUGGUCCAUCCCCUGGCUGCCGUACGGGCGCUACAAGCUGCUGCUGGCGGGGAUCAUUGACGACCCCAAGGAGCGCAAGAUGCUCACGGUUGACGAGGACUAUGAGGAGCCGCUGCUGACCGUGGUAGAGGAGCCGGGCGGCCCCAGUACCAGCACCGGCCAGACCCGGUCCGAGACCACCCGCGCCGCCAUCGUGAGCGUGGAGUCGGACUACAGCCUGUACAGCCGCACCUGGCAGGCGCGCAACGCCUUCCACAUCUACUGCGUGUCGCUGUUCCUGUGCUUGUGCGUCACCAUGUCCACACACCCCGGCAUCAGCUCAUUCAUCUGCUCCGUGGACAACCCCGCGCGCGUCAGCCCCUGCGCCGCCCACAACGGCAAGCCCGGGCUGCUGGGCCGCAUCCAGGGCGACCUGUUCGUGCCGCUGCUGUUCGUGCUGUUCAGCCUGGGUGACUUCCUGGGCCGCUUCCUGUCGGGCUACGGCCCCUGGUCCACCGGCGCGCCCAAGCCGCUGUCCAUCCUGGUGUACGCCGUGUUCCGCUGCGGCGUGGCGGCGGCCGUGCUGUUCUGCCACCUGGUCACGCCCACUCCCUGGCUGCUGUCCGAGUACCUCAGCCAGGACUACUGGCCCUGGGCGGUCAUACUGCUGCUGGGCUGCACACAGGGCCACCUGAUCAGCACCAUCUGCAUGCACGCGCCCUCCACCCUCAUGCCAACCGAGCAGUCCAAGUACGGCCCCGUCACCUCCUUUGCCAUCAGUGCCGGAUGCUUCGUGGGCAGCUUUGUGUCCAUCGGCCUCUCGUCCGCCUUCCAGCAGCACUAGGUUGGCUGCAGCUCCUCAAGGCAGGGCGUGUGUGAAUGAGCGGCGCUGUGCUUACACUGGAUGCAAGCGUGUGCCAGCGGCGGCUGGCGGCGCAGUCCUGACGCGGUGGGGGCCAGGCCAGGCCCAGGCAGACAGGGCAGGGGGGGGUUCGCCUGAGGAGGCGGCAUGGAGCCCAGUUGGUGCUGUUUGGGGGUGGUAGCGCGUCGGGCAGGGUGCGCGAAGGACUUGGGGGUGAUUAUGAAGGUGCGCCGGGGAUUGGGUGGGUAGGGGUGAACGGGCGAGCGAGUGGGGAGGUGGUGCCGCGGCGGAGUGAAGCCGAGCUGGUGCUGUUCUUGUGGGAGCAGGUCGGCCGCCGCGGCGUGUACGGAUACACGGACGCACACGCCUCCUUUAUCGAUCUAUCUAUCUAUCAGUCGAUCUGGAGUUGAAAAGCGUGCAGGUGGGGGCACUAGUCACCAGUGCCAUGCAGGUCCUGUCAGUGAUGCUUUCCCCCCGAGUAGUCGGGGAAGGAGACCGGGCGGGGCCCGCUGGUAGGCCGCUAGGGCCGUCUGGGAGCAUGCGCCUAAGCUCCAACUAGCGGCACGGGCCUCUGUACAUUCAUAUCGAAUCGGGAUUCACUGCACUGCUGUUUUUUGUAUUGUGUGUGAGUGAUGCAGUGUGUGUGUGUUGGGGUGGGCAAAUUGAUGAUCAGGCGGCGUGCAGCGGCUGCCGCAUGUCGGAACCUGCGUGUGGUGGCCUGGAAGUGGAGCAUUAGGGGGUGGUCCACGGGCGCUACAGUGCUGCUGCCGUGCCGCUGUGUGCCCGUGCGUCGCGCACUGAUGCGGCAGGCAGUCAACAGGCCCGGUUCGCCUGGUGGGCAGUGGACGAAGUUGCUGCGCCUGGGGCCCGAGGGCAGUUAUUCUCACUAGCGCGCAGGUGUCGGCAGGGGUUGCUGGUCUGAGCGUGUGAUACUUGAUCGUGCGUGGCCGGGGUUGGACGCGACCUGGGUGAUGGGGUAUGCCGCAGCGUGACCAGGAGCGAUGCGUGUACUUGCAAAUUUUGGCAGUGCCGUGCUGCCAUCUGCGAGUGUCGACUCUUGCGCCGACACCCGUGCCAAGGUGGCGCGGGUGGCGCGACCUUUGAGGAGCUGGCGCGGGAGCACUCAACCUGUGGCUGGGCUGAAUGUGACUCCUGACCCUGACCUGACUUUGACUGGCUGAACCUGAACCCCGCCUUAAAA